AUGGCCACUGCAGCCCUCAUCAGCCCCAACACCCCCUACUAUCCACACCACUCGCCCUCAUCGUACUCGUCUGGCGGCUACUACCAACAACAGGGACCGCAACAAGGACAACACCAAGACGCGUCACAAAACCGCGGUCCCGGAAACGGCCACGCCCAUAUCCACAGCCACUCCCACGGCCACGGCCACGGUCACGGUCACGGUCACGGACAAAUAUCACCGUCCACUACAGCAGCUGGAAUGAUCUCACCUGUCGAUUCGCGCCGUACCUCCGACGACCACGACAUGUCGGGCCACCGCCAGUCUCUUCCCUCUCUCAAAGAGAUUAUUGGCAAGACUACCUCCUCGAGCUACCACCACCCGUCGUCGGCGCCACCUAGUGGACCUCAGCAUGGGCUGCCCUCUCCUUUCUCGACAACGGCUCCACCACGGCCUUUCCCGGCCGAGUCCCCCAGCGACAUGCAGCAUUCGCCUCGAUCACUGCACCACCCGGCUUCUAUCCCACCUCCUCCUUCGUCCAUGUACAACCAACGACCAGAGCCGACAUCGACAUUUCCCGCGCCACCACGUCCGCCGCUUCCCGGCCGUGCACAUGGACCUCCAUCGUUGCCGUCUCCCUUCGAGUCACAUCAGCAACCCUUGAUGCAUGAGCCUCCCGUCGACUUGAACCGGUCACGGACACGGUACGAUCAGGCAGUCUCCCGGCACUUUGAAUCUUGGAGCUACACGGAGUAUCUCGCACGGAUUGGAAGCAAUUCGCGGACAAUAUACAACUUCGCUGAGGCCUUUGGCAGUAUCGCACGGGAAGAGCACGGGCCGCACCCGAUGCCGGGGCGCAUGCCGAGCGACCGCGAAGUUUGCGAAAUGAUCAGCAAUGCAGAGUGGCUGAAAACGAUGCUGGAAAGCCUUCGCCACAUGGUCCAGAACACCGUCAGUGAAGGCAACUCUGGACCUGGCAGCGGAAGUGCGAGUGGCCCUUCCAGCGGCAGUAGCGGCAGGCAGAAGCCUGCAAAUAUGGACGACGCAGACAUGCCAAUGUACAGCGAACCCGGGCAGAAGCCGUACGGCAUGGAGGUGAAGAAGAGACGAGGCGUAUGUUCAUCCACUCCACCUCAUCCCGAAUCACCAUAUUGUUGA